CGCUGAGUGGUUUCUUGGUGACACUAGGCAGAGCAACGCCAGCCUUAACACUUCUGUCUUCUCGCCGCAGGCAGUCUUGGGCUUUCGGGUUUCGCCACUGCCAGAAGGACGUCUCGGACUUUCUCCGCCAAGUUCUCGGCCGAUCCCCCUUUCAGCAGGGUCUGUGCAUCGCCAGAAUGAAGCUGGUUUCGGUCGCCCUGGUGUUCCUGGGCUCUCUGGCCUUCCUGGGCGCGGACGCCGCGCGGCUCGACGGGGCGUCUGAGACCCUGAAGAAAUGGAAUAAAUGGGCUGUCAGUCGUGGGAAGAGAGAACUGCCAGUGUCCAGCAGAAACCCUACUGAGCUCGCAGACGCGAAGGCCCGGGUGGCGCAGAAGGACCUUGGGCCACAGGGCUUGAAGAGAGCCUCUCCCAGUCCCCCGGCCAGCGGUCCGAAGGCCGGCCUCGUCCGAGUCAAGCGCUACAGACAGGGCCACCGAAGCUUUGGCUGCCGCUUCGGGACAUGCACGGUGCAGAAGCUGGCGCACCAGAUCUACCAACUCACAGACAAGGACAAGGACGGCGUCGCUCCCCGAAGCAAGAUCAGCCCCCAGGGCUACGGCCGCCGGCGUCGUUCCCUGGCGGAAGCCGGACAGGACCGGACUCUGGUGUCCUCAGAGCCACAGGCACGCGCGGCCCCUGGCUCCAAGGUGCACCGAGUGCUGGCCACCCUCCGGAGGAUGUAGGCCCCUGGGCAUUGGCCGGGGACCAGCCUGAGACUGUCAGUCCUGCAGAGACGACGAGUCGAGGACACGCCGUCUGGCCAGAGCCCUGGCUUUGCAGGACAACCCUCCCUUUCAGGGUAAUGGUUUCCUUGCUCUGAUCAGGGCCUGGGCCCCUCCUCCCUGGGGACGGGGAUGGGGCGCAGGACCCUCGGGGCGGGGGUCUGAGCCACUGCCUUGCCCACCCACGAACCAGUUUCUCACGGGGUGUCACCCCACCGGGGCGCAAGCCUCAAUAUUAUUACUUGAACUUUCCAAAACCUAGAGAGGAAAAGUGCAAUGCGUGUUGUACGUACAUACAGAGGUAACUAUCAAUAUUUAAGUUUCAUGCUGUCAAGAUUAUUUUGUAACUUCAAAUAUAUAGAGAUAUUUUUGUACGUUAUAUAUUGCAUUAAGGGCAUUUUAGAGCAAUUAUAUCCCUCUCCUAUUUUAAGACGUGAAUGUUUCAGCGAGGUGUAAUAUUGUUGUUUGGGUUCGUGGAGUGCGUGAGUGUGUGUGUACGUGUGUGUGCACAAAAUAAAAAGUGCAUCUGAUUACCGCCUGUGGAAGGGAACAUUGUGUCUGUAUAAUCUAUUUACAUAAAGUGAGUGAUAUAGAACAGCAAA